AUGGCUUACCCAUUCCAACUUGGCUUACAAGACGCUACAUCACCCAUCAUAGAAGAACUUAUAAACUUUCAUGAUCACACCCUAAUAAUUGUGUUCCUCAUCAGCUCAUUAGUACUUUAUAUUAUCUCACUAAUACUAACAACAAAACUAACACAUACAAGCACAAUAGACGCCCAAGAAGUGGAAACAAUUUGGACAAUCCUUCCAGCUGUUAUUCUUAUUCUAAUCGCCCUCCCUUCCCUACGAAUUUUAUACAUAAUAGACGAAAUCAAUAACCCAGUUCUAACAGUAAAAACUAUAGGUCACCAAUGAUACUGAAGCUACGAAUACACCGACUAUGAAGACCUAUGUUUUGACUCCUACAUAAUCCCAACCAACGACUUAAAACCAGGUGAGCUUCGUCUAUUAGAAGUGGAUAACCGAGUAGUUUUACCAAUAGAACUUCCAAUUCGUAUACUAAUCUCAUCCGAAGACGUCUUACACUCAUGAGCCGUCCCUUCACUAGGACUAAAAACCGACGCAAUCCCAGGCCGUCUAAAUCAAGCUACAGUGACAUCAAAUCGACCAGGCCUAUUCUACGGGCAAUGCUCUGAAAUCUGCGGCUCAAAUCACAGUUUCAUGCCUAUUGUACUAGAAAUAGUACCCCUAAAACACUUCGAAAACUGAUCCGCUUCUAUAAUCUAA